CUGGCUUGUGCACUGCAGCCACUGCUCAGCCCCCAAUCAAGUGAACACACCAGAAGAAGAGAAGGAAAAUGGAAGUGAACAUGUCUGCAUCUCAUCCUCCUGCAUGGGAAGUCCUCCUCCUCGUUGCUCACUACCUUGACCCCAAGACUCUAGCUAUGGCGUCAUGUGUCUGCAAGUCGUGGUCCGUCUGCAUGUCCUCAGACCACCUCUGGAAGCCCAUAUGCUUCACUCACUACCCCUCCCUCUCCACCCUUCGCCUCCUCGACAGCGCCGUCUCGUAUCAUCGCCUAUUCGCUCUGGGACAGAGCUCAUGCAGGCGUCGUCUACGCAGCCCUUCAGUACCCCACAUCUCCCUCGAUCAUCUUAUCUUCACCAUGGACAUCAUCCACGGCGAUUCAAACAUCCUUACUCUUGUAAAAUCUGGCAGUGAUCUCAACAACCGCUGGAACGGGGUAUUCCGAUUUGAUAUCGAGCUUCACGGCGGCAACAGAUCGAUAAUAGAGAUGUCUGAAGAGGUGAGAGUCACAUGGACGGUAGUACUGAAAGGUUGGAGAGGGGUUUUCUCCAUGAUGGAUCGUAAGGAGAAAGGAAGGCUUGUUGCGGCAGGCGAGCGGUGGUUCUCGGAGGAGCUCCCGUCGCUAGGGUGUUGCUCGAACGCGGUAUCAAGUAGUCUUGUGGCAGAGUUGGGACUGGGGUUCUCUUAUGCGAGUGAUGGUGAUAAGAAGAGGAGGGUGGAGAAGGUGAGUAUGGGUAUAUUGAGUGUGGUUAGCUGGGGAUAUUUGGGCAUUGAUGAUGGUCUGAGAUACUUGCAGCAUUUUCUUCUGCCAGAUGCUGUGUGA